AUGGAUUUUACGACCAAUGAGUCGGAUGUGGACAUGAUGCACGACGACUCGAUGCUAAAUGCCAACUUGGCGGCGCAAUAUGGUCAUCCGCAGCAUCAAGUACAGCGUCAGCUUCCACCUCGAUCGAGUAUGUCGGGCAUGAGUGCCGAUCAUUCCGUCUUCCCAGGUGUUUACGUGCCUGGCUUAAGCCCUAUGGACCAACCACAACAGGGCGACGCUAUGGAAGAGUAUGCACGAUUAAUGGGCAUCAAAGUUGAAAAUGAUGAUCCGAAUGCCAACGCAUUUGGUGUGCCAGGCCACAAUAAUGAUGUGGCAAAGAUCCAAGCUAAUGCUGCUUACUUUGAAAAUCUCAUUAACCGCGAUCGGAACGAUGCCAUGGAUGAUGGUAACAACGUCACGUCCAUGACGCUACCAGCGGGUAUUGGUAGUGGUAUAAAUGGGUUCAUGGGUGCACAUAUGCCGCCCGGUCCGCCCAUGUUCAAUUCUAAUUCGGAAUUAUCAUUCCAAGAUGGAGGUUCGCGACUGUACGACCCGUCGUCUGGGUUUCCAGGUCCAAACCCGCCUUUACCUUUCCAUAAGGGACCACAAGUUCGAGCCAGUAUGUUGCCACCUGAUAUGAUUGGGUCGCAAACUCUUCCACCUGAAAUUAUUUCAGCUAUGAUUAAAAAUAAUCCAACGCACAAUUUUGAAAAUUUAAGUGAAGACGAAAAACAAGCUUUGAUCAAGGAAGAAAAAUCACGUGAACGCAAUCGAGACCAUUCACGUAAAUCGCGUCUACGUAAAAAAGAGUUUGUUGAAUCACUAAAACAUGAAGUCGGACAACUUCAAGUGUACCAACAAAUUUGUGAACAAUGUAUGGAUUGUAUUGCCCUCGUUGUUGCUGAAAGUUCGGCGGUGAUUUUAUUCUCGAGUGCGGCAUAUACACGUGUGCUUGGUUAUCAAAACCAUCAGAUUGUACCGGGACAAACGAGCUUUUUGGAUAUGGUGCAUCCUGAUAAUGUACAGGAAGUUCGCGCUGUGUUUACGAAGCUAAGUACGCUUGGCGAGACCCAUAGAUUUAAAUUUCGGAUAAAAUCCAUGGAUGGCGAAUACUUCAACGCAGAGACAAGUGCUCGCCUUGCUGAAAAGGGAGUCGUGUGUUCGACUCGUGUGGACCGCGUCAUGUAA